AGACGAAAAGAUACAUGUACAAUUAAAGAGAGUGAAAAAUAUUAAGGAAGCAGUUUUUGGGAUUUGGUAAUGUUGAUUCAGGUGAUAAUAUGACCAAGAAAAAGUGGUUUUUUGCAACCCAAAAAAGGUGGUAUUGGUAGCUAAAGAAGGACUGAAAGAAACAAGAGUGGUUUUGUAACUGAAAAAAAAGCAAACACUAGAAAGAGCACAAAAGCUGUUACAUACACUUGUGUUUACAUUUAGAGAGAGAAACAAACAAGGGUAGCUCAGAAAAUGGCUGAUUAACUGUUUUGUUUGUUAGUAAAAAUUGGAUCUUUGGAGUUGUUUUUGUUUGGAUUUGUAUAUGUAAUGAUGAUAAUUUGGGUACGUUGAAGUGCGUGAACAAUAAGGUAUGGGAAGUGAUGAUUUGUAUACGGAGCUAUGGAAGGCAUGUGCAGGGCCUUUAGUGGAUGUUCCUCGGGAUGAUGAACGAGUUUACUACUUUCCACAGGGUCACAUAGAACAAUUAGAGGCUUCGACAAAUCAAGCUGUGAAUCAACAAAUUCCUUUGUUUAAUCUUCCUUCUAAGAUCCUCUGUCGCGUUGUUAACGUCCACUUACUGGCGGAGGCGGAGACUGAUGAGGUUUAUGCCCAGAUCACUUUGCACCCUGAGGCAAAGCAAGAGGAGCCUUCUAAACCUGAUCCAUGUCCACCUGAUCCACCAAAACGAACCGUUCACUCAUUCAGUAAGAUCUUAACCGCAUCAGAUACGAGCACUCAUGGAGGAUUCUCUGUUCUUCGGAAGCACGCUAAUGAAUGUCUCCCGCAACUGGACAUGACUCAGGCGACUCCGACCCAAGAUUUGAUCACCAAAGAUCUUCAUGGGUAUGAGUGGCGAUUUAAGCAUAUCUUUAGAGGCCAACCUCGAAGACACUUGCUAACUACUGGAUGGAGUACAUUCGUAACAUCCAAGAGAUUAGUUGCUGGUGAUGCUUUCGUAUUCCUGAGGGAUGAGAAUGGAGAACUGCGUGUUGGGGUUCGACGUCUUGCUCGGCAGCAAAGCCCUAUGCCUCAAUCUGUGAUAUCCAGCCAAUGUAUGCAUCUUGGAGUUCUUGCAACUGCAUCUCAUGCUAUUUCAACACAGACUCUGUUUGUUGUGUAUUAUAAGCCAAGGACAAGCCAAUUUAUAGUUGGAUUGAAUAAGUAUCUGGAGGCCGUGAGUCAUGGGUUCUCAGUGGGUAUGCGUUUCAGGAUGAGGUUUGAAGGAGAAGAUUCUCCUGAAAGAAGGUUUACAGGAACGAUAGUUGGAACUGGUGACAUCUCCUCGCAAUGGUCAGAAUCUAAAUGGCGAUCCUUGAAGAUUCAAUGGGAUGAACCAGCAUCCAUAGUAAGGCCAGACAGGGUUUCACCAUGGGAGAUAGAGCCUUUUGUUGCUCCUACUUCUGUAGAUGUUGCACAACCAGGAAUAAAGAGCAAACGACCCCGUGCCCUUGAGCUUCCCCACACUGAAAUCGCUGUUGCCCCUGCUGCUUCUCCAUUCUGGUACCCUGGAUCUGGUCCUACUGUUGAAGUGAGCCACAUAGGUAGUAUUGCUGAAGUUCAAAGCCAUGACAACCAACUAUUCUGGUCUUCAAAGCAGAAUAGCAGCCUCUCCAAUGGCGUGAACAACAGUAGUUGUAGGACACAUCUCAGUGGCGUUUGGCAGCAUAGUAUGCUUGCAAAUGGUUCCCCUAUUGAAGACAACAAGCAGCUGAUCACACGAUCAGCUCUGUUGGAUUAUGGUUCUCCGAUGUCAUCAAGGGCAAGUAAUGCCCUCUUACUUGACAAAGUGGACAGGGGUAAUAAGCGUGAGAUCUCUUCUGCUUGUCGCUUAUUUGGCAUUGACUUGCGGAAAAACGCUAGUAGUACGCCUACUAGGGAGAAAGAAAUACUUAGUGCUAAUGUUAUAUCCAACUGUGCUGAUGAUGCACCCAUUGUGCCUGGCGAGUCUGAAGUUGAUAAGGACCAGAAUGUAGAGCAUCUGAAUCCUUCGGAAGAAAAGAAACAAGUCCAAUUGGAGGCACUACCAAAGGAUACACACAAACAGGGCCUCACUUCUUCAAGAACUCGUACUAAGGUGCAAAUGCAAGGGGUUCGUGUUGGACGUGCGGUUGACUUGGCUGCACUAAGUGGUUAUGAUGAUCUUAUCAGUGAGCUGGAGAAGAUAUUCGAUAUCAAGGGAGAGCUUUGCCCUCGAAACAAAUGGGAAGUUGUCUACACGGAUGAUGAGGGUGACAUGAUGCUUGUGGGGGAUGAUCCAUGGCCGGAGUUCUGUAAGAUGGUCAGGAGGAUAUUUAUAUAUUCUAGUGAGCAAGUGAAGAAGAUGAGUCCUAGGUGUAAGCUUCCUAUUUUAUCAUUAGAAGGUGAAGGGACAAUGCCGAGUGUAGAAUCAGAGCUAAAAUCUGAAGACUUGUUGAUAUAAUGGCUACAAUAUAUAUGGGGUAAAAGGCUUAACGGGUAGACGUGUUUUCUUUUUAUCUAGUUUUUGCUUGUUUCUCUUCUCUUAUAAACUAGGAAGGAUGUGGAGUUUGUGAUCUGCUUCAAAGUAGCAGAGUACUGAGGAACUGGAUUCGUGGAUUAAUCUUAGACUUUACUAAUCAUGUAGUUAAGGAACUUGGUGAAGGUUAGUUGUGGAAAAUGUGAAUACCUUUGUGGUUGUUGACAGGUUUUGGUGGGGUUUGAUUUGAUCAGUCUGUAAAAAAAGCAAACAAUUGUAGACAUGCUUGUUUCUUGAUGACAAACUAUGGUUGAGCUAUUUCUUUA